AUGACACGAAAGUGUGUCCUAGCCACGUGUCAGUUGAAUCAAUGGGUGCUCGACUACGACGGCAACAAACAGCGCAUAGUCCAAGCCAUAAGAGAGGCAAAGUCGAAGAAAGCAACACUGGUCUUGACACCUGAGCUAUGCAUACCCGGCUACGGCUUGCUCGACCACUGGCUUGAAAAUGAUGUCUACACGAAUUCUUGGGAUAUCGUGGCUGAAAUUAUCACACAUCGGGACUGCCAGGACAUCAUCAUUGACCUUGGACUGCCUGUCCAGCAUCUCGGCUGCCGCUACAAUGCGCGUCUAAUUGCUUUGAAUGGUGAGGUCCUUGCUAUCAGGCCGAAGCUGGAUUUGUGUAACGAUGGAAACUUUCGUGAGAUGCGUUACUUCACCCCUUGGCCGAGGGGACGAGUAGACCACUACAAACUACCUGGUGUGAUCCGCACAUUACCACGAGGGCAGAGGACAUGUCGUAUUGGCGAGGUAGCAUUCGAGACCGAGGAUGCAAGCUUCGCGUCGGAGACGUGUGAGGAGCUCUGGACGCCAAAUUCGCCGCAUACUCUGUACAGUCUGGCUGGGGUCGAAAUCAUAUUGAACUCCAGUGGAAGUCAUCACGAGCUCCGAAAACUCGAUACGAGGAUCAACUUGAUACUGGAAGCUACGGCGAAGACUGGCGGGGUGUACAUGUACUCCAACCAGAGAGGCUGUGAUGGUGAUAGGCUAUACUACGAUGGCUGCAGUCUGAUCAUGAAUUCCGGGAAAGUGGUUGCACAAGGCUCGCAAUUCUCAUUACGGGAUGUAGAGGUGCAGAUUGCGAUGGUAGAUCUGGAUGAGAUCUGGUCGUAUAGGACUUCGCCAAGUCGUGGUAUGCAGGCGAAUGAGCCUAGCGUACAGAAGUUGGAGCGAGUUCAUGUCGACUUUCGGCUGUGUGGCAGGAUUGCGGAUCCUAGAGCAGCUCUGGCCUCUACUAUCGAGCCCCGCUAUCAUCUACCAGAGGAGGAGAUUGCUCUGGGUCCAGCAUGCUGGCUGUGGGACUACCUGCGGCGAUCGAGAGCAGCCGGCUUCCUUGUGCCGCUCAGUGGAGGUAUCGAUAGCUGUGCCACAGCGACAAUCGUCUUCAGCAUGUGCCGACUGGUCAUCGCGGAAGCACGAGCUGGCAACGAGGUUGUCCUGGCGGAUGCGCAAAGGCUGUACGGCGAAGGCUUCACGAGCAGUACUACGCCGCAACAACUGUGCAACAAGAUCUUCACCACCGUCUUUAUGGGCAUGAAAGUGCAGUCUUCGAAAGAGACUCGCGGCCGCGCCAAAGACCUGGCAGCAGCGAUUGGAUCGUACCACAUCGACACAAACAUCGACACCAUGGUCUCAGCUCUCCACGGAGUCGUAGCAAGCACACUCAACUUCGAGCCCAAAUUCAAAGUUCACGGCGGCACACAGACCGAGAACCUCGCCCUUCAGAACUUCCAAUCCCGCUCACGAAUGGUUUUAGCCUACGCCCUCGGCCAACUAAUCCCACACUCUCGCGGCGUCGCAGGUGGUCUCCUCAUCCUCGGUUCCGCCAACGUAGACGAAUGCCUACGCGGCUACCUGACCAAAUAUGACGCCUCAUCUGCCGACAUCAACCCAAUCGGCGGCAUCUCCAAGACCGACCUCAAACGCUUCAUAGCCUGGGCCGAAACCAACUUCACCCUCCCAAUCCUCCACGAAUUUCUCGACGCCGUACCUACAGCUGAACUCGAACCCAUAACAGAGACAUACGUCCAGUCCGAUGAAGCAGACAUGGGUUUCACGUACGACGAACUCUCCAUUCUGGGCCGUCUCCGCAAGACCUUCAAGUUAGGCACUGUUGCGAUGUUCGAGCGCCUACUGGUGGAGUGGAACGACCGGGCGCCGCGGGAUGUGUAUAAGAAGGUGCGAGAUUUCAUGUAUUAUUAUGCGAUUAACAGGCAUAAGAUGACUACUAUGACGCCCGGGUUGUAUUUGGAGAGUUAUACGCCGGAUGAUAACCGGUUCGAUCUGAGGCCGUUCUUGUAUCCGAGGUUUGGGUUCGAGUAUAGGAAGAUUGAGAAUAUGCUUAAGAAGAUGGAAGAAGGGGAAGCAGGCGUGGAUGCUUGA